AUGACCAAUAAUUCUGAAUUGGAAUAUGUGAGAAUUAAUAAAGCUUUAAUCAACAUUUUUGAAACCCUGGAUCUAAGGUGGACUUUCCGAGUAACUGGCGCUAGAGAAAGCGGUGUAAUUACUCUACCUUUCCAUGGAGAUGACUCACAACACUUAUCUGAAUCUGUCUCCGAUAUCCAUGCAGUGCUUGGGUUUACUGUGAAGGGACCAGCUGGGCCUGUUGUCGUUGAGCUUGGAGCAGAUGCCACGCUGCCCUGCCAGCUCUCGCCUGCGAGGAGCGCAGCCCACAUGCACAUCCGCUGGUACCGAGGCCAGCUCUCCCCCGCUGUGCACGUGUACCAGAAUGGACAGGAGCAAGGCGGGGAGCAGAUGCUGGAGUAUCGCGGCAGGACCGAGUUGACUCGAGAUGCCAUAGGCAAGGGGGGUGUGGCGCUGGUGAUACAGCAUGCCCGUGCCUCUGAUGACGGCCAGUACCGAUGUCGUUUUAAAGAUGGUGACAUAUCCCAAGAAGCCACUGUGCAGCUGAAUGUCAUAGGCUUAGGCUCUGCUCCAGAAGUGUACAUGACAGGCCCUGAAGAUGGUGGAAUCCGAGUGCUGUGUUCCUCGGGUGGCUGGUUCCCUAAACCCAAGGUGCAAUGGAGAGACAUGGCUGGCGUGAAGCUACCUUCCCUGUCUGAGGCCCAGUCUCAAGACGGAGAUGGGCUUUUCCAUGUCGAGGCAUCUCUUGUGGUCAGAGAUAGCAGCCUGGGCAAUGUGACCUGCUCCAUCGAAAAUCCUCAUUCUGGACAAGAGAAAGUGUCAGCCAUCUUCCUCCCAGAGCCCUUCUUCCCCAGGAUGUCUCCAUGGAAAGCAGCCCUGGCUGGGACGGUCCCUGUGCUGGGCCUCCUCCUCAUUGGAACCUGCUACAUUGGGUGGAGAGAACAUCAAGACAAACAGAGAGAAAUAAAGAAAAUGGGGGAAAAAGCUAAUGAGAGAGAUGAGACAAGGAAACAGAAGGAACAUGCGCUUCAACUGAAAGAGACGCUCCAGGAAGAACUCAAACAGCGGAAGGCCUUAUAUGAUGAAGAUUGGAAAAAGGCCCUGCUAUAUCCUGACUGGAGGAAGGAACAUUUCCAGCAUGUCGCUGUUUCCCUCCAGCAUGAAAACUUUCAUCCGAAUGGUUCAGACGCAGAGCGAAGGGAGAACAGCAAGGAAGGAGCCCCGAAUGUAACACUCAGUGAUAAGAAAGGAGACGGCAACAUUAUUAUAUUUGAUCAUGAAAAAAAGUUCGUGUCAGGGAGAUAUUAUUGGGAACUGGAUAUUAGUAGGGAUGCUGAUGCGUGGGCUUUGGGCAUUCGCGAGGAACAUAGUGAUAACUUAUUAAAGAGAUACAUUGUCUUGGAGAAGAAGGGAUGUAAAUACAGGGGUCUCACUUAUGGCCCCAAGGACUAUUUUAAAGAAGAGCCACUCUCAAUAGAAAAUUUCCCACAAAAGAUUGUGGUUUUUCUGGAUUAUGAAGAUAGUGACCUUUCUUUCUAUGACAUGACUGAAGGUACGCACAUCUUCUCCUUCACGGAGGUGAGCUUCUCUGGGUUGCUCUACCCUUACUUCACACAUACUAAAGUUAGAAUGAAGAAGUAUAUUACAGCUUUGAUCGUGAUAACUUGUCAUUAUCCCAUCGCCAAUGAAGCAUAUGAAAUUGUGGAGAACUUGACAUGGGGAGGAUCCAUCCAUAAAGUGGACAACAGAGACACAAUGACGACAGCUGCCCUUCUCCGAAUCCUGGUGCUAAACUUCAUUUUGUUCAUGCUUUUAGAUGUUCUGGGAAUUUACCAAAGCAAUCUUCGGGAAGAAAUUGAGCAAAUGAACUUGGAUACAGGUCUUCGGGAAGAAAAUGAGAAAAUGAAAGAAGAAAAAGCACAUAUUUUAGAAGAGAAAAGAAAACUUCAAAAGGAAAUUGCAAAUGUGAUUCUGGACCCAGACACAGCUCAUACCAAUCUCAGCUUGGAAGAAGGGAGGAGAUGUGUAACUUGGAAAGAAACACCUGCAGAGCGACCUGAUAAGCCACAGAGAUUUUAUUCCCUUCCCUGUGUGCUGGGACAGCAGUUUUUCACGUCAGGGAGGUUCUAUUGGGAGGUGGAUGUUACGGCCAGUGGAGCCUGGGAUAUAGGAAUUUGCAGGGACAAUGUAAUGAGGACGGGAAGGAUUGUAAUAAAACCUGAAAAUGGGUUUUGGGUCAUUAGGUUUUAUAAAAAUGAAUAUUGGGCACUCAGUUCUCCAGAAACAAAGCUUACUCCAAAAGUACAGCCUUCCAGUGUGUGCAUUUUCAUAGACUAUGAGGAUGGAUGCGUCUCAUUCUAUAAUAUGAAGGACAAGACCCACAUUCAUACCUUUAAUCGGUGCUCCUUCUAUGGGUCUUUACGGUCUCUGUUUAGACUUUGGUCUAAUGAUUCAGGACACCUCAAAAUUGUGUCCACUGUCGAAAACCACACUAACUGA